AUGGAUCUCCUAAACCUAGAUUCCUCCAGCUUCGAGCGCGAUCCGGACUAUGCCAGGCAAUGGCUAGCGAAUCAAGAUGCCUCCCCAGAGCGUGGCACCAUUCCUGGGCCUCUCUUGGACGCUACCUCCCAGAGUCCGGACGUCCUCAUUGCCUUCUCGGACACUCUUGGCGCCGCCAUCCAGUCAUGGUACACACGUGUGCAAACGGCUGCGAAGGCCAGAAAUGAAGAUCGCCAAGACCGCAGCCUGUUGCAGGUGGCACAGGACGCCUCAAAAGAUCUGACAUGGCUGUUGCAAUUCACAAUCGACUUCCUCAAGCACGUUGAAAUUGAAGGUGAUGGUGAGAAAAUUGACGCUCCUGGCCCCUGCCUUCAUCGACUCACCCGAACAUCCAUUGACCUAGCACUGAAAUCUGGGAAACGAGGUGACAUCGAAUAUGCCAUCGGCACUCUACACUUGCUUGUCCAACGCUUCACGUUCCCAGAGGACUGUCUGCGCGACACUUUACAGGUGCUAAGUGCCUCAGCCAUGCACUUACAACCGACCCCCGAUCGCGUAUACCAGUGCUUUCGCCUCUUGGCGUCUGGCAGACUUGCAGAACAAGUGAUUGAGGUCAUGCUCAGCUUUGUUGCUAAGCCAAGUGCUGCUAACCACAGCCAUGAACUAGCCUACGGCCGCGGCGCCUUGCGCCUGCUGCAACAUAUCGUUGACCUAAAGACCGACAGUGGAACAUUUGUGGUUGGCACCUCUCAGGUCAUUGAUGCUUUACGGCUCGCUGCGUCACAGAUGAUUCUGAGGUAUGUGACCGACAUCAUCUACACACUUCACGCCAUCUUGUCGCAUCCAUCUCGACGAGACGAUGUUGCAGCUCUUGAUUUCACACCAGUUGUGGAAUUGCUGAGAUUCUCACUCGACGCUUCACUGCCGAAGUUAUCGACCAACAGCAUUGCAUCAACGGACCUGCAGCAUACCACAUCUCCGGACAAAGAUGCCAACCGUUCUGUCGAUCGGCACGUUGAGGAGCGAGAUGCUGCCAUGAGAGCUGUGGGUCACGACAUGGAGAACGCAUGGUCCACCAUACGCGACCAUCAAAAGAUCGUAAUAAGUGACUACGUCUUACAAAACCCCCGAUACCUCUCGGCCGACAUGGUUCGCUGUUGCAUUGAUUUCACUUUCAAAGGACAACUACUCUCGGCAGAGCAUGAUGAGUCUAAACGUCGAGUACAGUGGCUGCUGCAGUACAUUGUACGGGACCGUGACCUACUGCCGGACUGUCGAACUGCGGCGUUCGAAGUCUUGAACAAGACCAUGGUCGACCUCAUGAGCGCGCCGAGCGAUGCCACUGAGAAGUCUCAGUCUGCUUCAAGCACAAUUGCCGAUUACAAGCGGGUGCUUCUAUUGCAGCUCUCGAUGGAAAACGACAAAUCGGUGCUCGUCGCGAUCAGCGAUUCUCUUCCGCUGUUAGCGAAAUCACCCGACUGCUCGAGCUAUAUCGUCACCAAGCUCACCGAUUUGGUGUUGCAUGGCUUACCGACCCGGGGACAGCGAGAUCGAAACGCGCUAUAUGCAACCAAAGCGUUGGUGUCGAUUUUCGCAGAUAGCCUCGCGUUAGAUCCAGCAGUCUUCCUCCAAGCCUAUGAUGGUCUAGUCAAGAUCAGCAGCUUGGAAUGCCCAUUUCGCGAGGCUCGCAUUGCAUCUAUGCGUAUCCUGUUCAGUAUCCGAAGCACACUCAGCGGCUGUAUCUACAUUACCGAUGAUAUGAGUGCCGGGUAUAUUGCAACAGCCCUGUGUAGAACGCGGGAGUCAGCCGAAGCAUUUGAUUAUGGCACACCAAACUCUGACAGACGAUCAACAAGCUCCUCCAGUCUUUCCAGUACAGUCGGUCCGACCUAUCAGUGCACAUGGAUGUUUGAUGAUGAGGACAACGUGAAGUCUCCACGGGCUGGACCGUCAUCCAUCAUUACAUCUAGCAAAUCAGUCAGCAAGCAAAGUGCUGAUAAGUUGCAUCUCGAUGUGACCGCCUGGCUGCUAGAAAUUAUCCGCAUUGUACAGAAAGACACCGACUGGGAGGUCUACAGCUGGGUCAUGGUCAAUCUUGGCAGCCAACUUGCGAAUAUGGAGCUGUUCAAUUCAUCGCUUGAGUCCAUCGUCAUGCUUCGCCAGGUGGUCUGCGAGCAAGUUGCGAACUACAAGAUGCAUGAGCCGCCAGCUGCAUCGGGUCUAAAGAAAUCCGAUGUGGCUCUUUGCUUGUUCAAUAUUCUGACACCAAUGAUUGCAUACGCCACCAAAAAGGGCGAGGUCAUUCAGAAAGAAUUCGGUGACGAAUUGGUCAAAGCGUUCCUCGCUGGCAUUGCCAGUCAGCAUUACGAAGGAACGGCUCGUGGAUGCAUACAUGCUUUGUCGAUUUGCAGCUUGGAGAUACCUGCGUCUGUUGCAUCUCUGUAUCCAAACAUCCUCGAGCGUGUGUCUCGAAGCAUGACGCAGUCGCAUUUGACCAUGCACAUGCUGGAGUUUCUGUCCGAAGUGGCCAGCCUUGAGGAGCUUCAUUCCAACUUCAUGCAGGAAGAGGUCGCAAAGAUGUUUGGCAUGUGCAUACAGUUUCUGGAACGGACCCGCGAACAGGCGGCAUUAACCACCAGUAGCUUGCCCACGAGAUCGGCGACACCGUCCCGUCAGAGUGGCGUCAGCCUUAAGCGGCCACCGUAUCGCGCUGCCAUGAUGAAAGAUGUCGGUGUGCCGCAGUAUGCAUCAGCACUGGCGUACCAUACAAUGAUCCGGUGGUUUCUGUCCUUGAGAUUGGAGGUCCGAUCCAGGCUUGUAUCUUGGAUCGUUCCGCGUCUGAUCUGGAAGAAUAACCACGGUGACGAUAUGAUAGACGAGCAGAGCGAGGUGUUGAUUGAUAUGAUGCAGCGAACGGCAUUUUCCGAUCUCGGUGAGACUGCGCCGAACCCAGAUUUUGCCAAGGUAUCUGAUGGUAAAGUGUCGAAGACUUCAUGGGUGGUGGGUUACAGUAUCAUCACUGCGGAAACGGCUGGUCACACCGGGUUGACACAAAUCACGAAACGGCAGGCAUCCGGUACCACACAUGCCAUCUAUCAGCAAUCGACGAUAGCACUCCCGGGGCAUCACGCACCCUCUAAUACUGAAAUCAAGCCGGGAGAAGUGAACGAUGAUGGUCCAGCGAUCGAGAUGCUGCCUCCUCAUAUUCUGCUUCAAAUGGUCAACACUGCCGCCCCCACGAGAAGUGAGGAUCAGCCUACGGCACUACCCAACGACGAUGUGAUUGAGCGAGCCUUGAGCACGUUCGAUCGGAUCCCCACUGUUGACAGCAACAAGGCUGGGGUCAUCUACAUCGGACCAGGUCAGACCGAGGAAGGCGAGUUUCUGAUGCUGCAGUCAGGCUCGGCGGAUUAUGAUCGAUUUGUGAAAGGUCUUGGUUACAGCGUGUCGCUUGAGCCACCUCUGCAAUACAACCCGCAAGGCUUACGACAUCCGCGUGAUGGGUCCACGACGGUUGCGUGGCGAGAUCGUGUGACGGAGAUCGUGUUCCUUAUUCCGACCAUGAUGCCGCCCAACACCGAAGACGAACCCGAGUGGCUGCACAAGAAAGCACAUGUCGGCAACUGCUUUGUCAAUAUCAUUUUCAACAACUCUGGCCUGCCUUGGGACUUUGAACGGCUACGGUCCCAACUCAACUACAUCAACAUUGUGAUAACGCCGGCAGAUACGAUCGAUACCGAGGAGGUUGUUCCAUCGUUCUACCACGUGCAGGUUGUUACCAAGCCUGGGUUUCCCAAUAUCAGCGCCGCGGCGGACCCGAAAGUGAUUUCUGCGAUACAAUUGCCGAAAUUCGUGCGUGUGCUCGCGAUCAAUGCCAAUGUAUUUGCGCACUGUUGGCAGACCAAGGACGUCGAUAAAGAGUUUCCAAGUAAUUGGCGUGAAAGACUACAGCAUAUCAAACGGCUCAAGCAGCGGAUGGAUCGUCGGACAGCCUCGGGCAGCGAGGCGACACCUGGUGCGGGUUCCAGCUCGGGUAUGAUGUCCCCUCCAUCGACUGGCGCCGGUGGUAGACGAACACCUGUGACUUCGAGUAGUGGCAACAGUGAACUUGGUGGGCAUAGAAAGACCGUAGGCGCUCUCGCAAAACAGCUGGAUUUCGGGAGCUGGACAUCAUGGAAUUAA